AAGAUCCUGGGCAUCACACUUGACAAUGCAUCAAAUAACGACAAGAUGAUAGAGCACCUCAGAGAAAUUCUUCCCGAAUUUGAGGGCACCUUCCACCAUACACGGUGCUUCGCGCAUGUCAAUCAGCUUGUCGCGCGCAGCUUUGUAGGCCAAUUCGAC